AUGGCUACUUUGAACAACAUCAAGGAGCAUCGCCUCCCAACCAAGUCUUAUAAGCACAUGUGGGCUCGCUAUGUUGCGAAAAAGGCUUUCGAUGAAGACAUCAAGGCCGCCUCAAGGCGGUUGAUUGAAGCACAGAAGACCAACCCAGAUCUUUUCUCUGCUACGAUCAAAGAAGAUAUGAAGGUGGGUACAAUCUUGGCCAAAACACAGGAGGAGAUCGGCACUGGCCUUGUUCCCAAAGAUCCCAAGAAGCUAGACAUCGGAAUCAUUGGCGCUGGUGUUGCUGGACUCUUCACUGCCCUGGUCUUUGACUGGUUGAACGAAGAGUGCAAGGAUCAGGGACUCAAGAUCAACUACGAUAUCAUUGAAGCAGCUGAGGACAGGUUGGGCGGACGUCUGUAUACUCACAGGUUCUCUGAUGCUGAGCAUGACUAUUACGAUGUUGGAGCCAUGCGAUUUCCCAACAAUACCAUCAUGAGGAGGUCACCUGGAAAGGGUGGAUUAAUUCCCUACUACAUGAAGGACGUCGAUGGAGUUUGCCCUACGUACUUCAACGAUAUACGUAAAGUGGGCAACGUCUGGGCUGAGGGGACGGAUGAUCCUUUUAAGAUCAACAGUGGGCUUGAAGAAAAGGACAAGAUCCCCGAGAAAUACUUGAAGGAGGAUCCCAGCGAUCUCAUAGAGGCAGCUUUGGACAAGUUGAUAGGCAACACCAGGGUCGAGUUUGAAGCGGUCGUCGACGAGAACGACGAGAAUGGGCAAAAAGCGACCGAGCUCUGGAAGAAAUUGAUGAGAACUGAUAAAUUGAGUGUUCGACAGUUCCUUGCGUUGGGCGAGCAUGAUGUACCCAGUGGACCUGGAUUUAACUACAACACGAUCGAAUGGCUCGAGUCAGCGACAUACGGCACUGGCUGGUAUGACCAGUCACUCACAGAAUGUGUCCUAGAGCAGCUCGACUUUGCCACCCCAAAGCAAAAGAAAGAUGAGCCUCCGAUCAACUACUGGUGGUGCGUUGACGGAGGCGCCCAAACAAUCGCAGAGAGAAUGGCCAAGAAGGUUAAGAAUCCUGUUCAGUUCAAGAGCCAGGUGGUCGCCAUCGACGCUCAAAUCCCGAAGCGCAAGGAGAAGAAUGACUACACGCCCAUGAAACUGGAGAUCUCGAACGGCAAGUCAACAACGAAAAAGGAUUAUUUUGCAGUAUUCAACAGCACAACCCUUGGCGCACUCCAGCGUAUGAAUCUCAAAGACGCUGGCCUUCUUUGGGGUACGAAACAAGCCAUUCGUGCACUCGGCUAUGGUGCUUCAUGCAAGGUUGCUAUCAAGUUCAAGACUGCGUGGUGGCAGAAGGAACCCUUCUGUAUCAAGAAAGGUGGCCUUGCGCACACCGAUCUUCCGCUUCGAGUUUGUGUCUACCCAUCCUACAACAUCGAGGCAAACGAGGGAAAAGACUGGAACCCCGAUAAGCCCGCUGUUCUCUUGUGCUCAUACACAUGGGGCCAAGACGCCCAACGCAUGGGUGCUCUGAUCUCUUCGGAUUCUCCAAAGAACGAAGACCAGCUUAUUUCAGUGCUCCUGCAUGACCUUGCUCUCCUCCAUGCCCCCGAAGAGAAAGGGGACUGGGACUACGAGCACCUUCUCGAGAUUCUCAAGCAACAGUAUCAAGACCAUCAUUCUUAUGAUUGGUAUAGCGACCAGAACAUGUCGGGCGCUUUUGCAUACUUUGGACCUGGCCAAUUCUCGAACAUGUGGCAGGAGAUCAUCAAGCCCAACGCUUAUGGACAGCUGUACCUGGUCGGCGAAGCAUCAUCUUCCCAUCACGCUUGGAUUGUCGGCGCUCUGGAAAGUGUAAUUCGCGCCGUUUAUCUUAUGUUCGAAGGUCUUCAGAAGCAAGAGCCUGAAAAUGAAGCCUACAAGAAGGUCGUCAAGUUACUGAGCCAGGCACCCAAGGUUGACCCAGAGACGGAAGGUGGUGAUGUUUUCGGUGGGUUCGCUGGCGACGAGUCAUCAAAGCCUCAAAAGAUGCCGUCGGGUCUUCCGUUCUUCCCACUCCCGGAGGAGAUGCCCGAUCGUCUUUUGGGUGUAUCCGAAGACAAGAAGGUGCUUCGAGACCCAUUGGGUAAGAAUGACGAGUACGUCGAGGGCGCGGCCAUUCUGUUGUCGGUGGCCAUGAUAGGAGUGUCUCUGCUUGAGAGUUGGAUCGACUUUGAGCUAGAUGAUAAGACAAAGCCACAGUAA